UUCAAACUGGUACUACUGUGAGGCUUCACAUAAACACAGAAGGGCACACAAUGCUCAGCUGGCCGGACCGCGGACGAGACCCGUAACUUCGUGUCAAUUUCAGCCUGUUAUUAUUAUGCUGCAUUUUACUUUGUGCGAUACGGACUCCACUGUGUGUUUGUGCUGUCCUGCUCUGAAGCAGCAGAGGAAGUUUGCUCUGGUUUAAACGGGACUGUGCCUGCCAGUGUUCACUGCUUGGAAGAAAGCGGCCGGGCCGGGGGAACAGUGUUGUCAUUGUAGCGGACAUGAUCGCCGUGAGUCUCCGCGAGGGGUGAAGAGGUCAGCAGCCUAAUGACUGUUGUUAUGUCAAACAGGAAACGACUCCUGCACCCGAAUUUACAUCAACCACCACAGCCAAACAAUGAGAGGCAUCCUUAAGAGAAAGUUUGCAGAGGUAGAUGACAACCCCUGCUACUCGUCCUCCUCUCCUCCGUCCUCUCUCUCCUCCCCUGCCUCCUCAGAGUGGGAGUCCGACAGGGAGAGCAGACCCUCUGACCACCACGAUUUCACACCUCACAGUCCUUCUUCACCCACCAGUUUACCCAGAGUGUCUCUUAUCAGCCUGCAGCAGCACUGUUCGGUCCAACCUGAAGAGGCCCAAGCUUGCAGACGCACAGAGCAACGUGCGCUUUGACCAAGUGACGGUGUUCACUUUCCCGCGCUGCCAGGGCUUCACCAGUGUGCCCAGCCAUGGAGGUGCCACCCUGGGCAUGACGCGGAGGCACAGCACCCUCCAAAGUUACACGGUGGCAGAGCAUGCCCUGGAGCAACGGCACAGGCGCAGAGAGAGGCUCAGAGAAAGACUGAGAGAAGAGAGGUUAAAGGCGUUGAAACACAAAUUGAACACCAGUGGGGCCAUUGACCAGAGAGAAGCAGACAGGCUCACAGUGGAUCAAAGCCCACAUGAAGACCGUGACAUCCACAUCAGCGAUGCUGAGCUGGAGGAUGGAAGUUUCCUUCAGCCGUACUCCUCCAAACAGCGGCAAGCUCUCCUCCAGGCAGCGGGGGUGAAGCGCAUUGACAGGGAGGAGAAGAGGCAGCUUCACGCCCUGCGUCUCUCCAGGGAGGCCUGUGGAUGUGACUGCCAAGGCUUUUGUGAACCAGAGACCUGCGCAUGCAGUCUGGCAGGAAUCAAGUGCCAGGUGGACCGCUUGAACUUCCCAUGUGGCUGCACUAAGGAUGGCUGUGGAAACACUCAGGGGCGCAUCGAGUUUAACUCCAGACGUGUGCAGACUCAUUACAUCCACACUGCCAUGAGACUCGAACUGGAGAAGCAACUACAAGAUGAAACACUGAGCCACGAGGACCAGACAGGACUUCCAGAGGACCUUCAAGAGAAUGUGGACCAGGAUGAGGCCGGUCCGGUGCAGAGUGCACAGGACAAGAACUGCCCCUUUGGGUUCGCCAUGGAGGAAGAUGAUCUUCCUCUCACCAUGCCCGCCACUCCUACCUUUCAUUUCAUCCCAGAGCGGUUGGUAGUGGAGGAGAACAGCUGCAGCAGCGACAUGACCGAAUCCUCCUGCUCCUCCUCCGACUCUGAUGCAGGAGGAUGCCUUAAUGGGAAUCCGAAUCUCCCUGAAGUUGAUGGAGGGUUGUCACGUGCCCUCAGCAUAUGUGACUCUAAAAAUAAUAACUACUCUAUGUGCAGCCAACUGAGGCACACAGGAGAACCACUGACGCAGCACAGCAGCAACUCUGCCACUUACAGCACAUCUACUGACAGUAUGGGACCACUGACAGCCACAUUCACAGACAAUAUAAGCUGGACCUCACUGACAGAUUACCUCAAUGAGAAUGCAAACCAAGACUUCCUUGACGAUGACUCUCUUGAGGGCUUCCCCAACACUCCCUCCCCGACUGUGGACUAUUCCUCAGGCAGGUACAUGGACCUGAGUCUCUCCUCUGACUCUGACCUCGUGUUCUUUGACUGUGACUACACCUCUGAACCUCUGCACAGCUCUUUCAAACUACACAGACACCCAGACAGCUUUUGCCCCCUCCAGCUGUUUAGCUCUGUUAAUUUGCCACAGUACGAGUCGAGCACAUACCUCCUGGAGUCUCUGAUCGGCCUGACUGAACCGAGCCCAGAGCAGGGUUAUGCAGUCAGCGAUACCCAGCUUUUAUAGCUAAUUCAAGUGACAUAACAAGAAACUGUGUAAGAUAAUUUUAUGUAUAAAGCACUGCUUUUAUGUAUUUCUAAGAAUAUUUCAGUGUACAAAGAAUGAUUGAUAAAAUAUUUUUUCCUAGCUGGAUAUUUAUUUCUAUUGCCUAAAAAGAAUGGUGCCUUUGUUUCAAAGAAACCACGCUUGAGUUAUUAAUAUAUGUCUUGUUUUUUAUUUCCUGAAACUAAAUAAUGAUCUCUGUCAUGUUAUUUAAUUUCUUAUACCAUGGCCACAGAGAAUAUUUGGAUUGGAUGGAGGGCAUGCAUUAUUUUCAAUGAAGCACCCGGCUCUGAUGCAGGAGCCUCAUCAUUGCUGGAAUGCCUGUCUAACUACAAUUUCUCCUAUUUUUGGAGUAGUUGUUUAAUAUAGUAUUCCAAAGGCCACAAAGGUAGAGGCAAUAAAAAGUUCCCAUUUCCAAAAGUAUUGCCCCAGAUAUAUAAAAAAAUCCAUAUUUACUGGCAGCUGGCCAUGGUAUAAGCAGGAUAAUCCACUUUGACGCCUGCGGUAAUGUAAAAAUAACACUCCAUUUUCAACCUCCAGCUUGUGAAUUAUUUUUAAAUAACUGCCUGGCUAAUUGUGGACUAUCUUGUAUAUGCUUAACAAUAAGUUUAGAGUAUUUCUGUAUUGGAGUAAUAAAUUUUUAUUUCCUUUUUUUA